AUGAUCCCAACUUUUCCAUUUUUUGUGUUCGUGUUCGUGUUCGUGUUUGUUACAAGUGUUUUUGCUACAGAUGAAUGUGUACUUGAUAUUCAACAUACCUCAAAAAGUUGUGAAAAUGCUAAUUGGAACGGAUUUAUCGACAGUGAAUGUUGCGAAUCACCAUUUGAAGAAUAUCUAUCCGCGUUAUCAGUACACGCGAACCAAACCCAAACCGGGUCAAUUUUCUUGAACUCGAGACAACAACAAAGUUGUAGAUCUUCGUUAGAAGGUAGCAACGGAAGAAAUCUGUUGAACUGUGGUGUGGAGAAGCUAACAUCCGGACUAGGCAGUUGCUCGAGUUUCUCUCUAACGGAUGUUGCUAACAAGCUUGAAAGCUCGUUAACUGGUUUAGACCAAGAUUGUGCGGUUUUGGAUUCAAGAAACGGCUGUGAUUCUUGUUUUGAAAGAUGGCAAAAGAUUGGCGGUUUGACUAUGAAUAGUAGUAGUGAAGAAACCGAAAUUUGUAGAUUUGUUGUGCUUGUUUCGAUGGUGAGUAGAAAGGUUUCUGACCCGAAAUGGAUUCGAGCAGUUUAUCAGUGUCUUGGUCAGAAUCAAUCUCAGAAUCUUGAAGAUGAUGAUCAUAAACACAAGAAACGAAUUAGCAUAGGAUUGUGGAUUCUGAUAGGAGGUCUCAUUGGAAUUGUGAUGAUUUUAAUCACAACAUUGUGGAUUUUCUUCAGAAAAAAAGUCUCCAGAAAGCCACCCGACUGCAAAGAUGGUGUUUGUGUAUUGAAUUCGCCUAUUCCAACAGAUUUAACCACGAAGUUAACAGUUAAGGAAGUCUAUGCAGCUACGAAUGAUCUCAAAGCUUCUAACUUUAUCGGUGAAGGAAACGCUGGUAAAGUGUAUAAAGGUGUACUACCGAAUGGUCAAGAUGUUGCAAUCAAACACAUCGUGAACGAUGGUGAAAUGGAGACAUUCGUAAGGGAGAUUACAAGUUUGUCCCCUGUAAGACAUCCUAAUCUCGUAAGGUUAUUGGAUCAUUGUGAGGGUGAAGGCGAGUGUUUUCUUGUUUACGAGCUUUGUCAUUGGGGAAAUCUUUCUGAAUGGUUGUUUAGUAAAGAUAAAGUGCUAACAUGGAUCCAACGUCUUCAAAUCGCUAUUGACUGUGCUCGUGGACUAUGGUUUCUUCAUACUUACCCUGGCGGAUGCAUCGUUCAUCGCGAUAUAAAGCCGACAAACAUUCUAUUGAACAUGAACUUUCAAGCAAAGUUGGCUGAUUUUGGAUUGUCUAAGAUCAUCGACACGGGCCUGUCUCAUGUUAGCUCAGAAGUUAGAGGAACAUUUGGUUAUGUGGAUCCUGAGUAUCAAAAGAAUAGCCGUGUCAACGCAUCUGGGGACGUUUAUAGCUUUGGGAUAGUGCUAUUACAGCUUCUUUCUGGUCAAAGGGUGAUCAAUAUAGACUUGCAAAGGCCAAUGUCGUUGGGGAAGAUGGCAAAGGCACUAACAAGGGGAGGGAGCUUGACAGAGUUUGCUGAUCCAAAACUUAACGGAGAUUACUCCUUUAAGGCAUUUGAAACAAUGACAAACCUAGCUCUUUCAUGUAUCGGGACAAAGCAACAAAGGCCUUCAAUGGAGCAAGUAGUCAUAGAACUCGAAAGGGUUCUUGACGUGUCACUAAGAGAUCGGUCGCUUAAACCUUCCUUUUCUUCCGACAUUGUCUAAAUCAAAAAGCUCGCAUACUUGGCUAGUAUUGUAACAAAGUAAUUACUGUACGUUUUCAUACACGCUUUCAACAAGGAAAGUGUAUAAACCUUCC